GCGGGCCCGGGCGGGCGGAAGGCGGCGGAGCGAAGAUGGCAGAGCCGGAGGCGCAGCUGCUGCGGGCCGUGGGGCUGAUCGAAAAAGACACCAACGGAGAUGCUUUGUGGGUUUGGUGCUAUCCGUCCAUCACACCUGAACUGAGGACUCUGUUGCUGCGAAAGUGCUGCCUUACAGAUGAAAACAAAUUGCUUCAUACGUUUGUAUUCGGCCAGUAUAAAAGGUCUUGGUUCUACAUCACAACGGUAGAAGUUCAAGAUUCUCCAGCCUUGAAAAAGGUGACCCACUUCUCCAUUGUCCUGACGGCCAAAGACUUCAACCCAGAGAAAUAUGCAGCCUUCACCAGGAUCCUCUGUAGAAUCUACUUAAAGCAUGGAAGUCCAGUUAAAAUGAUGGAGAGUUACAUUGCAGUCCUUACAAAGGGCAUCUGCCAAAGUGAAGAAAAUGGAUCCUUCCUCAGCAAGGACUUUGAUGCUCGGAAGGCUUACCUUGCUGGCUCCAUCAAAGAUAUAGUGUCUCAGUUUGGAAUGGAAACAGUUAUUUUAUAUACUGCACUGAUGUUAAAGAAGAGAAUUGUAGUUUACCAUCCUAGAAUAGAGGCUAUCCAGGAAUUUACCAGGACUUUGCCAGCUUUAGUGUGGCAUCGACAAGACUGGUCAAUUCUCCAUUCAUACGUGCAUCUAAAUGAGGAGGAACUGGAAGCCUUAAAAGCCUGCACAGGUUACAUCGCUGGAUUUACAGACUCUGAAGUGAGCAGCAGAUCAGACCUCUAUGAUGUGUAUGUGAAUUUGGCAGACAGUGAGAUUACAGUUUCACCUGUAGUAAAAGAGGCAAUGACAAUGGGAAAACUUCACAAAGAAAUUGGACAGUUAAUUGUUCAAUCUGCAGAAGAUCCAGAUAAAUCAGACAGCCAAGUCAUUAAGGACAUUUCUCUGAAGACAAAAGAAAUCUUGGCUACUUUAGCCUCACUUACUGAAGUUUCUGAUGGCAAUGAAAAACCAACCCUUAAUGCUGAGGCCCUGAAACAAAAGCGAUUUCCACCAGCCACAGAAAACUUCCUUUUUCAUUUAGCAGCUGCUGAACAAAUGCUCAAAAUCUGAUUUUGAUGCACUGCAAUGUUAUGGACCAAUUCUGAAAAAGCUGUCUCUGCCAUCCAGAUAGGUAUACCUAGUAUUUUAUACAAAAAACUAAAGGUAUGAGUCAAUGUCCUAAUUACCAUGAUGUAAUGCAGAAUACUGGAGCUUGACUGGGAACAUACGGAGACAUAUUUGGGAACAUUCCUGGUGUCAUUAUCUGCCCCCAACUCUAACUGUGCACCUAUGGCUCCUGUAUUUCACCCCACAAAGGGAGUGGAUGUACAAGCAGCACAGGCCAGUGUGUCCAGGCUGUGGCAGACAUCAGUGGCUGUUUGUCCUGCACAUUCCAGAGGCUGGACAGCUCUGACUUGUCUGCCUGGGGUCUGGAACGUGGCUGCAGCACACGAGCUGUGAGCCCAGCACAGCUGGGAUGUGCUGAUCCCUGCACAGGGACACCCUGAACGUGCAGCUGCUCUGAGUGCUCCUUCUGGGCUUCCAGGGGUGUCAGCCUGUCAGAUGCUGCUCUUGCUCUGGACUGCCUGAUACCUGGAAAUCCCAAAUAAAUGGACAAGUUCUCUCAUUCUA